UCGAAACAGCAAAGAUGUUCUUCAUGAAACUGUAAAACCGAAGCGGGCCGAUCUUGAAGAAGGAAGUAAAGAACUAGAAUUAUGGACGAUUUGGAUACCCCCGGACUCAACAAUGGCGCAGCCGAGUCUUCCGGUCGUGGCAACUCGAAAAUGACGGAAGAUGAACUGUUGAAAGAAUUGAAAGCGCUCCAAAAUGAAAACAAUAAGUUAAAAUCUAAAUUAAUGCAAACGAAUUUGGAAGACAAUACUCAUGGAGAAUCGCCAGCUCAAGGACCUGAUAGUUUCCGCAACGAACGGUCAAGUUCGAUUAGAAUUGAUGCAGCUGAAACAUCUUGGAUGUCAACGUUUCCUACAAGUGGUAUGUCGCUGGGCGCAUUGAAUAUUCCCGAGUGCAGCCCAUCCGACGGAGAAACUGAAAUCGACAGGAAAGCUUAUAAGCAUUGGAGGAAAAUUUUGGAUGCAUCUUUGGAUCUCAUGAAGUCAACGGACGAAAGAACUAAAAUAGGAAUUUUCAAAAUUAAGGCUGGAGUGAAACUGCUGGAAGUAUUCGAGAGUACGAAGACAUCUCCUGGUAUGCCGGAUGAGAUUUUGGAGCCAUAUGGCAACGCUAUCGCUCGGCUGAAUGAGUAUUUUGGUUCAAGAACUUACAUGAUGUCUCAAAGAAGCAAACUCCUAAACAUGACACAAAGAAAAGACGAAAGCAGCGUUCAAUUUGUAAGACGGGUUGGAGCAGCCACAAAGCUGUGUGGUUAUCUGGAAAGCGAAGAAAUGGAAUCCGUGAUGCGUACAAUUACCAAAGGUGCAUUGGAUAGUAGAGUUCGCAAGCUUGCUCAUCGAAACUGGGUCCGGCAAGGAUCGAUCAAGGAUUUGGUUGACGCGGUUCAGGAUUCUGAAAUUGAAAAACUUAAUGAGGAGGAGUUUAUGAAAACACAGCAGCGUAAUUCUGCAUCAUCAUCUGGAGCGGCAGUUAUUGCAGCGGUCGAACGAUAUUCACAUGUUCCGAGUUUCCGGCAAGGUGGAUUCAACGGUGACAGACCAGGUUGGAAUCAAGCCGGAAAACGUGUUGCAUACCGAGGAAGAAGAGGAGGAAACACAAGGACAUUCUCGGGGCGUAUCCCUGCCGCUGUUCAGACUCGGCAAUGCUGGAGGUGUAGCAGCGUGUAUCACUCAGCUUCCGAGUGUCCCGUAGUUAACAAAGUGUGCCACAAGUGUCAAACCAAAGGUCACAUUGCUCGAAUGUGUACCUCCGAAAGCGGAUUCCGGGGAAUUAAGAGACGGCUUCAAAGUGAACAAGUUCAGAAUUCUCUCUCAAAGGAGUCCCGACGAAUUUCAAUGGUGAACGAACAUGACGAACAUGCAGAGGAGAAAGAAGCGAAGGUAUUUUCUGAUACUGAUUCCAGCGAUUAGAUGGGAGCUUUCUUAGUGAUUCUUUUUAUUAUUUUGAAUAUUUUUUUUUCUUUUCUUCUGUGUUUAAUUAAAUAUAAAAUCAUUUAAAUAAGAUGUAUAAAAAAGCGUCAAUUCUGUUUACAACACAUUAAGAAUGCUCCGUAGUUGAUUUUUUUUUAGAUUUCUAGUUGUUCGCUCCCAACGCGAAGACCCAUUUGGAAUUUGUCCUCAUCUCCCCAACCAAACUAACCUCGAGUCGCCGCGAGUAAUUUACGGCUCCAACCCCACUAACAACCACCCUAUCUUCCUUACACACACCACGUCGUUUGUUUGCUUGUACAUCCGACCGAGCGACAACGUGAUCGAGCAUGAACGAGGAUUGAUCGACCAACCAAUCACGCAUGAACGGCAUGUCCUUAUGUGCCAGCAGCCGACGACGCCCAAACCAUUGCACCACCGCCUAUGUAAAUGGAAGAUUCCAUUAUCUCCACAGCGCUGCGCAGGCAGUCUUUUCUACCUCCUUCCAUCCUUGAUAGAUUGCAUGCGCAGAGAAGAAAAACAGUCUUCUUUCAAACACCGACCUGUAUAGACGUGAAAUAUAGUUCAAGUUGUUUUUAGUAGUGCAAAACCGCCUUUUCCUCCCUAGUGAAAGCCACAGCCUUUACGAAGGCUAAGUCCCUCCUUCCCAUCGAGCUACCGGUCCUGUGUGUCUGUUCCUCCGACGGAACACUAGUUAAUAUGUAACGGUCGUUUAUCGUAGAUUCCAAAAUUAAUUGAGUCCAAACGUGAUCGAACAAUCAGUAUCGCAAAAGUUUCCAACGAGAAAAUUGUUAAGACAAGGGAAGAAGCAGUAAUCGUUGGCACGGUUGCUGGAGUCGAAGUGGAUUUUUUAUUGAUUCCGGAGCUCAAGUCAAUACCGUGACAAAAUCAGUGUUCGAUUCAAUGUUGGCAAGUGAACCCACGAAGAAAUUAUUGUAUGAUGUACGCUACCAAUCUGAUAGGCCAUUGAAAGGAUAUGGAUCAAGCAAAAAUAUUGAUGUGUUGGCAACUUUUUCCGCGGAGCUGUAUAUCACAGACGAUAGACCUCUGCUUACGGAAAAAUUUUAUGUUGUGGACGAAACCAGAGCAUUGUUGGGUUUUAAUACUGCAUCGAGGUACAGUGUUUUAUCUGUUGGACUUGAUGUACCAGUGAAGGAUAUUGCAAAUGGGGUAUGGCCAUGCGAACUGUCUCUUCCGAAUGCAGCAAAUAUCAAUCUAAUUGGUGAACAUAAGGAGUUCCCUAAAUUUAACGUCCCUCCAGUGUCUCUUAAGUACAACAAAGAAAUGCCACCAUCUCGAAACGUGUAUACACAUAUACCGCCUCCUUUUAAAGACCGAGUAAAACAGAAGAUUGAUGAUUUGCUUGCCACAGGUAGGUUAAUAAAUAUGCUUCCAAUCUCAAUUGUUUUUUGCAGAUUAUUGAUAAGUAAAUUAUUAACAGGCAUAAUUGAAGAAGUGACUGAAUCUAUGGACAGAUCGUUUUGUUCGUCAUUAUUGGUGGUUCCUAAAGGAAAGGAUGACAUUCGUUUGGUGAUAGAUCUUAGAGGCCCCAACAAAUGCAUUUAUAGGACACCUUUCAAAAUGCCCACGUUCGAUUCAAUACUCAUGGAAUUGCAUGGAUCAACUUACUUCUCUACCAUCGACCUAACUAGCGCCUAUUUUCACGUGGAACUAGAUAAGGAUUCACGGCAUUUAACAAAUUUCUUCGCCGGUGAUGCUUUGUACAGAUACUGUAGACUACCUUUUGGAAUUGGAGAAUGAGUUUGAGUAUUUGAAAAACAAGGCAUGGAAGGGUAUCAGUACGUUAGGAUAUUUCAGUAAAGAAGAUCGCACUGAAUUGUACGUUGAUGCGUCGCCUUACGGAUUAGGUAAUAAUUUAAUGGCCAUUCUUUAAUCCAUUUUAAUUGAAUAAUUAUAUCGCAGGUGCCGUUCUAGUCCAGUUCAAUGGUGACUCAAAGCCUCGAGUAAUUGCAUGCGCAUCAAAAUCUCUAACGACCGCCGAGAAAAAGUAUCCGCACACUCAGAAAGAAGCCUUGGCCAUGGUUUGGGGUGUGGAGAAAUUUUCCAUGUAUUUGAUGGGAAAAUCGUUUACUAUUCGAUCAGAUGCAGUAUCCAAUGAAUUUAUAUUCAACAGCAGACAUAGAAUUGGCAAACGUGCAGUUUCGCGGGCCGAAAGCUGGGCGUUGAGGCUUCAGCCGUAUAGCUUUGAGGUUGAAUGUAUUCCAGGGUCAUUGAAUAUUGCGGAUGCACUAUCGAGACUGGUAGAGGAAAGUAGACCUGCGGAACCAUUCGAUGAUUCUUUUGAGAAACACCUUUUGUACAAAUUGGAUGCCGGAAUUAUGGAUUUAUCAUGGGAUGAGAUAGAGAGAUUUUCAGAGGCCGAUAAAGAACUCUCAAAAGUUCGUUGCUCGUUGGAUAUCGGAGUUUGGGAAACUGGGCUGCAGCGUUAUGAAGUACAGGCAGAUUUUUUACGAACGUUGGGAAGCCUGGUUUUCAAAGAUGAUCGGAUAAUAAUACCUGAGCAAUUGAGGUUCAAAGUUCUCGAAUCCGCACAUCAAGGACAUGUCGGUAUAGCAUCAACAAAAAGAAUCCUCAGGGAGUAUUUUUGGUGGCCAGGCAUGAGUACAGAUGCGGAAAAUUUUGUAAAAAAGUGUUCGACCUGCCUACAGCUUUCGAGAAAAAAUCCGCCGAUACCAAUAUCCACAAGAAAGCUACCACAAGGGCCAUGGGAAACUUUCAAAUAGAUUUUUUCACUGCAAAAGAGUUUGGUCAAGGGGAAUUUCUCGUUAUCGUCGAUACAUACUCAAGGUAGGGUUUUUUAAAAUUUAUUUAUUGUUUUUCAUCUCUAGAAGUUCGAUAUUGAAUUAUAAUUACAGAUAUUUGCAUGUAAUAGAAAUGGCAAAUAUAGAUGCUGAGAGGACGAAUGAAGCACUAAAUAAAAUAUUUUUGGUAUGGGGAUAUCCUCUUAUUAUUCAGAGCGAUAAUGGACCACCAUUCCAAAGUGAAAAAUUCAUAUCGACAUGGGAAAAUAGAGGAGUAAAAAUAAGAAAAUCGAUACCAUUGAGUCCCCAAUCCAAUGGAGCAGUGGAAAGGCAGAAUAAAGGAAUCAAAGAGGCAUUGGCAUCAGCAAAAUUGGAUAAAAUCAAUUGGAAGGAAGCACUGGAAAAAUACAUCCACAUCCACAACAAAGUAAGGCCAAUCGCAAAUCUAGGUGUUACUCCAUUCGAACUUUUGGUCGGAUGGAAGUUUAGAGGGACUUAUCCAUGUCUCUGGGAAAGUUCUUCACGUGCACCAAUUGACAGAACAGAAAUCAAAGAGAAAGACGACUUGUACAAAUUCAAAACCAAGCGAUACGUGGACUCAAGAAGAGGAGCGAAAGAUUCAGAUGUUACGAUUGGAGAUAAGGUGUUGCUAUCUAUGCACAAAACGAGCAAAACGGAUCCAACGUUCGGUGCUGAAAGAUUCACGGUGAUUGCAAGAGAGGGCGCUAAAGUAGUUAUUCGAAGCAGCCGGGGUGUACAAUUUUCAAGAAAUGUCCAAGAUGUGAAGAAAGUCUAUUUCAAAGAAGAAAAUUUACCUUUGCCAGACGACCAACCAAUUCCAGAGAAUGCAAACAACAAACAGACUGAAAGAGAAAAGGAUCCUAAAGAACAGUGUCAGACAGUAAAUCGAAAAGAACGACCAGGCCGAAAUAUUGUAAAACCUGGAAAAUUCAAAGAUAUGUACUUAUACACUAUUUUCGAGUAAGAGUGGACGUGAUAAGCAAUGUUGUAUAGUAUAGAGUAAGGUAGAUGUAAAUAAAUAAUAGUUUAAUGAUUGUAAUUUAAUAAAAAAUAUAUAUGUAAAAAGAAAACAUUUGAGACUUUGCUUAAAGAAUAUAUGGACUUUCUUUCAUCAGUUGUGAUUAAUAUAAAAAAAAACAUAGAAGCCUACGAAAAGAUCAGUCAAAUGAUCAAGGAUCCUGUGACGUGGUAGAGUCAGUCUUACAACGAAUUCGAAACAGCAAAGAUGUUCUUCAUGAAACUGUAAAACCGAAGCGGGCCGAUCUUGAAGAAGGAAGUAAAGAACUAGAAUUAUGGACGAUUUGGAUACCCCCGGACUCAACAUUAUUGACCCAUUGUUAGGUCACAUCACCAACCAUAGGUAGCUCCUGGACCUGACAAUUUACCCUACCCUACUCGUGAAGAUGCAGCGAUUCUCGGUCUCUAUAACAACGUUAGUCUUACUAACAAUCCUUUCCAUUCUCGAUGACCGUAAGGACGUGGCCGGCGCCGUUAUUGACCUUGCUAAAGUUGAGAGUUCUUGAACUGUGUACAUCGAGAAUGAUAAGCUAGUCCCAAGCCCUAGUCAUUGGUUCUUUGUGCAAUUUCGAUUUCUCCGAUCAAUCACGGAGUAGCAACUACGCUAUCCAGGGGGCUUUUAGGAGUGUUUUAUGCAUGGUUUCUUAAGGGGGUUACAAGCCGUUUCAGGGAGCGCUCAGAGGCACUUAAGGAGGUUUCAGGGGCUUCUGGAGAUUCCAAGACGUUUCAGGUGGACUUUUAUGGGCGUUUCAAUGGGUUCAGGAUGUUUUAGGGAGGUUUACGAUGCGCUUCAGGGAGUUUCAGGGGGUUCCAUGAUGUCUUAGGGGGGGGAGGUGGGGGGAGAAUCUUUUAGGGACGUUUUAAGGAUUUUCGAGGGUUCCUCAAGGAGUUAAGUACGUUUUAGAGAGAUUUCAAAUGCGUUCAAGGAGAUUUCAGGGGGUUUAAGGUGAGCUUUUAAGGACAAUUCCAGGGGAUUCCAGGAUGUUCCAGGUAGGCUUUGGGGACCUUACAAUGCGUUUAAGGCAUCUCAAUAGGAUUUGAGAAUGUUUCAGAGAAACUUCAGGUGCGUUUCUGGGAGUUUCAGGGGAUCCCAGGAUGUUUCAGGUGAGCUUUGAGGGACAUUUUAAGGUGUUUCAGGGCGUUUCAAAGAGUUACAGUACGUUUCAGAGAGGUUUCAGAUGCGUUUCAAGUGCUUUCAGCAGGUUUCAGGUGACCACGCGUUGCCCAAAGCAACCUAACUAGAUAUACCUAAGUUGUAAAUAUAUUAGAUCAAUUGUAGUAGGCUAAGAAAUUUCAAAUAAAAAUUCUUUCACUUUUGUCGACGUUCUCACCCAGUAAAGACAUGUUCACGUGUAGCUCUGUCUAUUUUAUUAGCUUUCAGAGGCGGUUCAAGGGGUUACAGCACGUUUCAGGAGGCUUCGAGGGGUUUUAGGAUGUUUCAGUAGGCUUACAGUUACAUGACGUUUCAGGUUGAUUUAAGAGGUGCUUGAGGGGUACCCGGAUUUUCCAGGUGGCUUUUAGUGGCCUUUCAAGUCCAAACUCUCUGAAAAUCGUUCAAAACUCUCUGACAUCCCAAUGGACAACCCUGUUACGUAUAUGAGCCCCUCCGAAAUCCCCGAAAACGCCACUGUAACCCUCCGAAAAUUCUAUGAAACUUCCCGAAAUGCUACCGAAAUCCCCAUAUAACCCCCUCGGACCCCCUGUAAUCUGUAAUCAUCUGCAAUCCUCCGAAACAUCCGAAAAUGCCUAUGUAACGUCUCUGAAACCCACCAAAAAUCCUCUGAAGCUUCUUGAAAUGCUUCCGAAAUCCCCCUAAAACUUCCUCGAAUACCCUACGAAAUCGCCGAAAAAGCCUACACAGAUAAAAAUAAUGAGAUGGAAAUGUAAACUUCAUUUUAGUCAUGUAAACUUAGUGUUAUGAAGGUUUACAUGAAAUAUAAGUUUACAUGAUAUUUUAUGACUUUUACAUGUAAACUUCUGUGAUAUCCCACGCUCCAAUUAUGUGCAUCAUAUGUCAUGUAACGCGUCUGAACCUCUCCGAAACCCCCGGAAAACGUCUAUGUAACGCCUCUGUUGCGUCCUGAAAUGCCUUGAAAUGCCCCUGACAAACAACACAAGAUCACUUGAUCGGUAUUUACUUCGGUAAGUGAUGUGUUCCUUGUAACCUUUAUUUGAAUUAUCAAAACAGUUGUAUUCAUUUCGACCAAAAUACUCACAUGCACUCGCGGAGCCAGCCUUUUCUUUUUUCUUACUCACUCUCCCAAACAUAUACGAGAAAGAGCGAGAUGAAUGAGGAGGCAAACAAGCAAAAUACACGGGAAAUGUUGUUUAAUUUUUAAUAUAUGCUGUUAUUUUUUUAAUAAUAUGGAACGAGCUCACCGAUCACAGUGUCAAGGGGUUAUGUGCUCCUAAUCGACGAGUACAAAAGCGACAUCUUGUCUUUCACUAGUAUAUUCACUGGACUGCUCCAACUAUUCUGUGCACUGUUCAUUAUCACGCGCGGAAGCGUGUUCAAUUCAUUCCUAUGUAGAAUGGACUAAAGGCGUCUUCUCGUUGAAAUCACGAUCCGUUAUUAUAAUACUAGACCGUUAUUAUAAAAUAAAUAUCUCUUAAGAAUCGGUGCCCAUCAUUCGUUUUCUAUGAUUAUCCUACCUGUCUGGGCAAAAUUUAAAAAAAAAAAACAUCGUCACAAAUCCGGUCUAUCAAUUAAGAAUCAGGUCUCCUAAACAGCUGUAAAUCAUCCAAAUCCAAUAUGAAAACCAAUUAGCCCUCGUAUUGGAUCGGAACAAUCUAUACUACUUCAGUAAAAAAAAAUUCACUCAGAAACGAAUCGGAAUUGUCUAUUCUACAGAGUGCAAACAUAUUUUCAAUUUAUCUUUUUUGCUUUAACUUCAAAUCCUGUUGGUCCCAGUAGUGAUAUGUAAAUCUUGUACAUCGCCACACAAAUAGCACGUGUUCCUCUAGCUAGGUCCUAUCCUAUGGCAUUUAUGUGCACUCUCAGAUGACCUCGGUCACCUCGGUACACGAACAUGUGCGUCCAGUGCGAUAGCUAUCAACGGUUACAGAUGUAUGGCACCGUACAUACAGAACUUCCGUCCUGUCUGCCCGCCCCGAUGAUGAUGGUUGGUUAGAAAUGACGAACGACCAUAGAGCUCUGUCGCCGUGGACUACCAUGACCAGAUGAUGUUCUCAUUUGGUCGAACAAACUUUCAAGCAGACAAGGCCGAGCCGGGAUCGGGUCGUAGAGUAGCAGGAUGGACAAACAAAGCGUUUAUACUCGAUGUAUAAAGGUAUAUGCCUUCGGGUAAAUUGCACUGAAAGAAAGUGACGCAGAACAUGUUCGCUUGUAACAGUUUUUUUUUGCGAUUUCAAUCGUAGCAGCCAGGCCGGAUGAUUUUUUUUUGUACAGUCAUGGGAAUGUACGGAAGCGGAGCUAACCUGCUUUGGCAAACAACCGCCUACUGCUGGGCAUUGGCGCGCUUUUGGGACAAAUCGCAGUAGUCGGCCCAAAUCAAUCUCUCCAUAACUCUAUUAGUCGAUGGUUGCUGCGAUGCCUGCCCAUGAUGCACGCAUGAGAAUCAGAUAUCUUCCAUUAUUGAAUACACUACAUAGGGAAUCGCGCUACUUGGGCGGUGGCUUCUAUAUUCGUCUGUUUUCCACUCUAACUCAGUCAAUCUUGAACCAAUUAACACAAUUCUUGGAAUGCGGUGAGAUAGGUAUAGUAUCUACCCGUGUACAAAAUUUCAAGUCAAUCGGUUCAAAAUUGACCGAGUUACAGUGGAAAACAGACGAAGAAAACCACCGCCCAAGUAGCGCGAUACCCUACUGCAAAUUGUGAAUUUACCCAGAGGACUGCCGCUGACUGGCUCCGUGGCAACGAGUUAUGAAAGGAUACACAGAAAAGCUAUGUUUGCGUUUGACAUACCGUGGUGAACAUGAUAUGAAUUCUAUUUUUCUUAGCAAUGCAGGCAUGUAAUGCCACGACGAUAGACUUACUGGCUGUGUGCAUUCGUGGUGAAAUUUCCAUCAGGGUGCACAGUAUGAAAAGUAAUAUUAAUAUUAAUAUUACGUGGUAAAAACGAUAGCUUUAUGGUACUGGAUUGAGAGAUCGAAUGGAGUAUCUACUUACAAUAACCACAGUAGAAUAGUUAGAAUAUAUAUCGAAGAAAUUUGAAUUUAUUUCUGUCUGUGUACAUCCGUAGUUUCCGCAAAUCUGCUCCGUUGUAAUACUGACAGGCUGAGAUUGAAGCCUACCCCGGGAAGGGGAGAAUUCCUCUCGGCAAAAGUCUCUGAACUGUGAAGCAAUCUGUCAGCGUUGUUGGUUUUGAGCGAGACAUGCCCAUAAUGGAAUUUCACACUACUUAUUUUGUCUGCUUGACAUCAUCAUCAUCGCAGUUACACGACGACGACAACGAUGUCGUCGGUUAUGAGCGCAAGUUUGCGGAGAAAAGCGACUAGAGCUUCCGAAGUAGGGAAACAGCAGGAGUGGAUUCCGGUAUUCGUCCUAACCAAGCGAAUGAGGCCAUCUACUAAAAGCGAGAUGGUUUUCGUUCGGUUUCCAUCCAGCAUCCAACAUCAGUCAUCGUGUAGUCGUUGCCAUUCAUUUUGCACAUAUGGCAAAUUCUGUAGGAAUUAACCUACCGGAAACGUCUCUUUACGUGACUGUUCCUGUGGGACUUGGCAAACAACGAAAUGGGAAUUGAGAAUGCGAUAUAGAAACAUCUAAACAGUAAACAUUCCACUAGGGCCGAAUUUUUGCUCUUCAGGGACUGUCCCACGUAGACCGUGGAUGAAUAUAAAUGGGUGAGUUUGUUUCAUGCUAUUAUUUAAUUAUAAACGUCCAAUGGACCUUAAUUGUACAGAUUGUUGGAAACUUUCGCGAAAUACGUUAUAAAAUCCUGACGAACUGUGAAGAACUUGUUUGGUAUUUAUUCGUUCUCUUCGACUUGUCGUCUAAUUUCAAGUGUUUGACAGAUGGGGAUUUUUUUUAUUACCGAACAGUUUGGGACGAAGGGUCUCCGAUUUUCAUGAAAAUAGAGGUUGUGGAUAUAUGAUCAUAUAUGGAAUUCAAAAAAAUCACAGUGGACUUCUUUUCCGGAAAACGCUAGAUGAAAUUUCACAAUUUUCCAUAAUUUUCUAAAACGCCCCAAACUUCAAAAAAUCAUAUCUCAAAAACUAUGCAUAGUAGAACAAACUCUUUUUAGUGAAAUCGACGCCAAAUUAGCAAUCCAAUAAAAAUACACUGAGAAAAAAAUCUCAGAAAAUUAUUCACCAUAGAGAAAAAACUUCUAAAAAUGCUGAUAAAAGUACCGUCUGUAUCAUAGAUUAUUUUCAACAAUUUUUUUCUAAGUGCAAAAACUAAUGUUCUUUAGUUCGUUCUUUGACACCAGAAUGGAAUCUCUUACCGUUUUAGAGAUAUACGAUCAAAACGAUCAAAUCUGACUAUACAUGUCAAUGGUUGCUCCUCCGUGAUUGAUCUGAGCUGGUACCAAUUGCACUGAGAUCCAAAUGAAUAAGGGCUGGGACACUCCAUUUAUUCUCAAAGUGCAAUUUUAGCAGCUCAUGCAUUUUGGAUCAAUAACGGCGCCGGCCACGUCCUUAUAGUCAGUUGGGAAGGGAAAGGAAUGUUAGAGUGUGCUGAUUGUUGCUACUAAAGACCGAGAGCACCUCUGCAUCCCCACAACCAGUACGGACUGGGGUAUUUGUUAGACGGAAAGGAUGGGAGAUCUGGGAGUCACCGUUGGGUCGGUGAUGCGAUCCAUGGAUAGGGAUUUAUUUAUAUUGUUCGUAAGGUGAUAGAUUGUGUGGUGAAUAAGGUGAAUAAGGUCAAGCGGCACAGCACGCUUUGGUUGCAUAACUUGUAGGCGUUAUAUACACUGUGCUGUGAAUGGAAGUUGGAAGGGAGAGAAACGACAUUUUUCAAUUCGUUUCUGGUUCUAGCGAUGGCUAUGAACAUAUGAAUAUACAUCAGUUGUAUAUGUGGUGAAAAGAGAGAGAGAAAGUGGAUAGAAAGAUACAAAGUAGGAUGAAAGGGACGGGCCUGGGAUUGAACCCAUGACCUUCUGCAUACGAAUCAGAAGCGGUAGCCACUAGACCACCAAGCCCGUCAGGAAUCUCUUACCGUUUUAGAGAUAUAGCCAAAAAACCAACGGCCAGUCGCUAUAUUUCCAUAGGAAGUGGCCGUUAACUUGUUGCAACACAUUUGCAUUGCAACGAGCAAAUGACAUUCGCAAAUUGCAACGUAGCUUUGACACUAACGUGCAUCGGAGUGCACUGACAGCACAUCUAUGGCACUUGAGUGCCUUUUAAAUGCAUUAAAUAGUCAUUUAUUUUUUUUAUUUAUUUAUUUAAUGAUAAUUCAACUGACUUUUACAGUCUUAUUGAAUAAUAAUGCUUAUACUAAUAUUACUAAAUUCAGCACUAGUUACAUUUCACUUAUUACGGAUAGGCAAAUAUUCUAACGAAUUUCAACGACAUAGUCUUCAUAGUACUACCAGUGAAUCAAAUAACACACAACUUAAGCGUUAAAGAUUAACCGAAAUAACUAUCGAAAUACAAAUUAUACGAAAACAAAUAAAAACUUUUACAACAAAUCUAUUCAUCUCCUGGUUUCCACGUACAAAUUUUUCGAACGAAUUCACGGUAUUUGAUAUUUCUGGGCCACGUAGACGUUGUUAAGGCUAAAUUCUUCCAUUUACUAUCUAGAACGACUUUAAAAGAUACAUAGUCCAAGCUACUACUAUCUACCCAACGCGGAACGAGUUUCCUCACAUUACUACAUUCAGUUUUAUAGACACCUAAACAUCGAGAAACCAUGUGCUGAAUUUCUCCUUCUGAAACCGUUCCAUCAAUAUUCGACAACAACAACGCAAAGGUGCCAUCAGUGUCCGCUGGAUCGGAUGAGUGUAACGAAACGUCAGGCGUAGAUGAUAUUCCAACGCGAGAGAAUGAGUUCUCUCUAGGUGCAUUAUCAAGACACGAUGAUGAGCAUGGAGUCGAAUGGCGUUCCAUAGUCUUCGUCUUCAAAGUGUGGGUCACUACGGUCGAGGCAAGUGUAGACAUAAUUGAGGCCACUUUGAUUUUCAACUCAUCCACGUCUAGCUGCAGUGCAGACUUUGUUUCGGGAACGAUCGGAUCGGCUACCUUUUUCUGUUGAUAAGCUCUCCACUUUACGAACUCGAUCAAACAUGCAUCGCACAUCCAACAGCUGUUUUUGUUCGGCGGAGAUACUGCAUCCAGUUUUACUUCAUCCAGUCCUACACAAUCGGCAUGGUACACUCGGCUACACGGACCAGUACACACAAUGUAUGGCUGCUCUUCCAUUGUGACGAGAAGACGGCACUUUUCACAGGUUUCACAGAUCAUGGUUCAAUCAAUUUUCUCCCACAAAAAAAUUCUACAUGCUGUAACUUUUCAUAGAGUGCAUCAAAAAUUCUCAAAUUUUGACUGCUUGUCAACCUGUCAUAUGUGCAUCAUUGGUACAAAUUUGGGCUCGAUUGUAUAAUUUUUCGCGAAGUUAGAACCGUUCGGGUAAAACACUUUUUUUUUAGACAACUCAUUUUUGAGCUGUUAUAUCUUGGAAACCAGUGAAGCGAAUUGAAUGAUUUUUUAACGUUUAUCAACAAUAUAUUGAUACUUAAUACAACGUUAUAAAAUGUAAUAUUUUUCACGGCGAAUUAAGUUAUACCGGGUUGAAAUUUUUACCAAUAUAGAGGAAAAUAAGUCAAAUUUACAAUACCAUACAAAAAUUACUAAAUGUGUUCUUCCUUUAAUCUAAUUAGGCUCUAAUAUAUCUGAUUUGAGAUAGCUUGAGAACAGAAGUGGAAAAUAUUUGGAUAUCAACACUAAAAUUUAUUGACAUUGACGUGAAAGAAUUACAUUUUUUCGAAAAAAAUCCAAAAAGUGUCAAUCCAUGAUAACUUUUUUCAACGUUCAAAAAGUAUCUAUGUUUCAAUGGUUUGUGAAGCAUUCGUGUAUUGUUAGUGUACGUUCAAAAUUUCAUUCAAUUCGGUUCACUGGUUUCCGAGAUAUGAUAGCUCAAAAACGAGUUGUCUAAAAAAUAGUGUUUUACCCGAACGAUUCUAACUUUGCGAAAGAUUAUACAAUCGAGCCCAAAUUUGUACCAAUGAUGCACAUAUGACAGGUUGACAAGCAGUCAAAAUUUGAGAAUUUUUGAUGCACUCUAUGAAAAGUUACAGCAUGUAGAAUUUUUUUUGUGGGAGAAAAAAAAUUGCCUAUCCCAAACAUUUUGGCCAUCCCCUGUAUAUAUUAAUUUUGAUUUACUUCUAGCGCCAGAAGGUAGAUAGAGCAAUCCUUUUCCGAUCUACACAUAACAAAUUGUAAAAAUGUCAACUGUGACACCGUAAUAUCUUACAGAGAAUCGUAACAAAGAGAGCCUCUCUUUUGCAGAUUGGACCUUUAGACAUGUUUGGCCAGAAAUGUGUUUCAAAUAACGGGUUAACAACGAGCGAAUGCCACCGGUGAGCGUGAGAUAACUUAUGGCACUUAAACCCUAUAUGUCUUCUAUUUCAAUUUAAGAAAACAAAGACUAACUAUUAACGGAGAAUGGUUACUACACAGCAAAAUUUCUGAAAAUUAUACCUGACAAAAAAAAAUACAUGCGAAUUUCUAUCUCAUUUAGUUGAAUUUUACAUCAAAUAAUUUCUUGUAUGGAAAGUUGAUCGCAAGCUUCAUACUGAGAGUAAGCUGUAAAUUUAUAAACUGAUGGAAAAAUGUGUGCGAUACGACGAGGUCCUUUUGAUGCAGGUUAAAUCAUGUAACAUUUUGAACUGUGUAAGUAACAAAAAUGCUUAUUUGUGUAGUAUUUUUUUUUAUUAUAAUUCUUUUGCUUCGUUCAGAAAUAAAGAAAGAAUUCCAGAAAUUUUCAAAAGAUAUAGUUAAGGAUCCAAUACUGAUCAAUGGAGCUUUGUGAAUGCACAGAAUGUGAAUAUAAAUGAGGACUUUAGAGGAUUACUUAAAAUUUCAUUUUCAUUUUGCAGCAUUUGGUGGGGCAAUGAGAGCGCAAGUCAGUCCAAAGCCGAUGAUAAGGAGGGGUAAUGGCUGAAUAGCCCGGGUACAGGCGAAGAACAAAACAAGGACAAAAUAAUAACAAAUUUUGCCAUCAUAUCUUAUUUUAUCAUUCUUAUGUUAUUACUGGAUGACACUAAAUAACUCACUAAGAACAAAAAGUGUUAUCAUUGCAAAAUUUGUUAUUUCUGAUUUAUUAUUGAAUAACAAUAAUUAACUGAAUAAUAACAAAAUAUGCAAUCACAGCAAAAUAAGUUAUUCUGAGCAUGCUAAGUAAAAUAACAUCCUAAUUGCAUAUUUUGCAAUCAUAUCUGGUUUUGUUAUUGAUGGGUUAUUUAUUAUUUAUUUUAUUUUAAAUAGAAUAUUGAUGAAGAGCAAAUUUUGUUAUUGGUUUGUUAGGAUUAAGAGCUAAAAGAACAACAAAUAAUAACUCACUUUGUUCCAGAAAAGAGUAAAUAAUAACUUAUUUUGUUAUUAUAAGAUCAAACCAAGGACAAAACAUUUCAGAACUUACAAUACAGUUUUUUUUUUCAAUCAGAAGAACAAAAUUUACAAUUAUGAUGAUCUUAUUUGAAAUAACUUAUUGUGUUCUUACUUUGUUCUGAAUAGCUCGAUAAUAACUUAUUCAGUUAUUCUCCAUUUUGUAAUAUUUUGUCCUUGAUUUGUCCUUAUAAGGACAAAAUUAGUUAUCAUUGAGUUAUUUUCCGGUACAAAGACAGUUAUUAUUUUUGUUUUUUUUAGCUCUUAUUCCCAACAAACCAAUAACAAAUUUUGCCAUUCAGCUAUUCAUUUUUGAUGGCAAAAUUUGAUCUUCGUUAGUUAUUUUCUUCUACCCGGGAGUCUUUGCUGACCACAUAAACGCCAUGGGAUAGGAAAAAGGUAUUGAGGUGUGGGAUUAGGGUUUUGGUACAAACCUGACAAUAUCAAUGCUAUUCAGAUGCAAAAUAAUUUUAAGGCUCAAUAGUGAAUCGCAUACCUUCGAAAAAAAAAAAAAAACAAAAAUCCACAAAAUGCCAAGCAAGUCAUAGAAAGAAAAAGCGCCCGAUUGUUUAUUUUGUCAAUUAUAACAAACGGAAACUUCUACCCUCUCCGACUCGCCAGUCACCCCGGAAAAAAUGUCCCUUCACUUCUGGAAAAUAUAUUAUUCCCAAUUUCGAAUUGUCCGCGUGGUCUUGUAGUACCCCUACUAGGUAAGAACCAGUCAUUGCCAUACAUAUUAAAUGCUAGACAUGACCCCAUGGAUAGCAUUUGCAUAUGUAAAAGCUUUGCUGAUGUGACUUUCCUAUUAGGCAAUUCUCUCAUCUCAUGUUUGUCUUCAAAACCUUGUCAAGCUUAGAAAAUUGAAGUUUUAAUAAACAAUACAUUACAAGGUUCGAAUUCCCAUAGAAUGAGAUCAUUCAUUCGAAUUAUAUUUUUCCGGCUGUUCGAGUCCGUAUGAAGUUGAUCAUCAAUAUUAACUUCUUUUCUCGAUCAGCCUAGAUAGCUGUGUAGUGUCGGUAGCGAUUGUCUCAAUUGGCUAAGAAUAACACUACGGACCGCCUGUUCCGGUGGUAAGAAUCCACCAACAGGUGACCCCUAAUUCAUGGUGUGAUGCGGCUUCAUGCUUACCGUGUCUAGGAAUGAAUGGCUAGGGGGGUCUAAUAAAAACCUAACCGCUAACGGAGCCUGUGGAGUACCAGGGCGCCCUCCACAGUAUGUAGCCCUUACUGCGCUAACCGGAGCAAUGGUGCAGUGGACCUUGUAUUUCUCCGAGACAAUCAGCUGCCCUUCUUUAGUCUCACUUGAGGCUAAAUAAGGGCGGGAUUAUGAAGAUGUUGUUAAUUAGUUUAAAUUUUCACCUAAAUGGUUUCGCAUUAUGCGAUUUACACAGUGUAUUCUGUGUAUCCUCGCCUUUGGCGUUUUCCAAUCGAUACCGAUUUGGUUUUAUUGUUGCUGUUCUUUGUUGUGCUGUUGUUACGAAGAGUUUAAUCUUACCUAGUUUGGGUAGUGGCUACGGUUAGGAUAGCUCAGAUCAAUCUUCAGCAUAAAAGAACAGCAACGAUCAAUCUUUGCAGACUUAUGCAAAAUGGCACAGCCCAAGUGGCCUUGGUACAAGAACCUUACUUUCGUAAGGGGAAUUUCUAUCUAGGAAACCUUGUGAACCCGGUUUUUGCUACUUUCAGUAAACAUGAAAUGGCAAACUCGCGUGUCAUGCCUCGAGCCUGUGUGCUUGUCAACAACGCAAUAGUUGCUACACUCAUCUCUGAACUAACCACCAGAGCUGUAUGUGCUAUCACAAUUGAUGUAUCUGUUGGAAACCUCAACAGGAAAUACGUCUAUUGUUCGGUUUAUUUACCGCAUGAUGAACCAUCCCCUACGGAUGCUUUCAAACAAGUCAUCGCAUACUGUACUUCAAAAGGCCUUCCGCUAAUUGUUUUCAGUGAUGCUAAUGCUCACCAUAUCAUCUGGGGCAGCUCAAACAUUAACUUGAGAGGCUCCAGUUUGAUGGAGUACCUAAGUAGUACAGAUCUUGCAUUACUUAACAUAGGCAACCGCCCAACCUUCAUGGUAUCUGCUGGAGAGGAAGUGUUAGAUAUAACGCUUUGCUCUAGCAGAAUUAGUCACACGAGCUGACCAAUUGGCAUGUGUCAGAUGAAGAAUCUUUAUCUGACCAUCGCUAUAUCUUUUUUGAACAUUUAAAUGUUACUUCGCAAACAUUGCGUUUCAGGAAUCCUCGGUCAACAAACUGGAAUCAUUUUACUGAUUUGGUUGCGGCCAAAUUUCAUGGAUACUCACCAUCCAUUGACACUCCAAGUGAUUUAGAUGAUGCCGUUGAUACCACAACGACCUUCAUCAUGGAAGCUUUUGAAGAAGCAUGCCCUCUACGGUCUGUGAAGAUCGCAAGAGGAACCCCUUGGUGGAACUCUGAUCUGGCGAAACUCAGGAAACAAUGUAGAAAGAGUUGGAACAGACGACGUUCGGCUGGUUCGGAGGCUUUCAGGUCGGCUCGCAAGGCCUACAGGAAAGCUCUCCGGUCUGCUGAACGAUCCGGCUGGAAAAACCUUUGUAGGGGGGGUGGGGGUAAGACGGACCGGGUGGGUAAGACGGACCACUGACUAGUUCUGUCACUUAAGAGCUAAAAUUUAACUUUCUUUUACGAUUAGCUCUAUCUUCUUAUCAAUUGAUGAUUAUUUAACCACUUUAUGAGAGAAUACGUAUGUCAAAAGUGCAAAAAAUAAACAAUUUUUUACCUGGCUACACGCUUAAGUGAUGGGAUCUAAUUUUGAGGCGGCAGUAAAUAAGCUUUUUUAACAUUAAAUUGUUAAGUUUUCGCAUUUAAUUUUGAGUUUCCCAGUUGUAUUAAACUGUUCCGUCCUAUACACAACGAGAUUCAGGUAAAUUUCAUGGAUUAUGCACAACGGUGGUGGAAUGAAUAUUUUGCGUUGUGUAGGGGUAAGACGGUCCGCCUUGAGGGUGGGUAAGACGGACAGUGUUGGGGUAACUUUGAUAGUGCCAUGAGAAACACAUUAAAACGCACACAUUGUGCACAGAUUGAAAUCUAUGGAGUACAAAAAUUAUUGUGUAAGCCGCGUAAAGCAUUUCAUAUUGAUUUUUUUGUUUAAAAAUUCAUUAUAUUAGAAUUUGUAUUGUUGGAACAGUUUGAAUUUCCUAAAAUUCCAGAGCAUUGCAUACUGUUAGGCGUUUAUCAGUGUAUGGAGGUUUCCAAUUUACAAAAUAGAUUUUAAUUUGCAAAAACACGUUUCGCUAAGAGAUUCAAAGCCAAAUUUAGAUUCUACUAUGAUUGAUCUACCGAAUAUAAACGGCCACAAGCAUCAUUUGACUCAAUUAAUGGCGUUUUAGCUAAUUUUCCAAAUGUGCCCAUCUUACCCACCCUACUGGUCCGUCUUACCCACACUGUUGAAAAACAUACAUUUGUAGAUCACUUUUUAAUUAUCUCAAAAGUUAUGGAAAAUUAAAUUUUAUUUCAAAAUCGGCUUGCAGACUGUAAAGUACCUUAGUUGAAGUAAAUAGUAUGGAGAUACAAUUUUAAUUAUCGCAUUGUUUACACUGUCAAAAUAGAGUGUUUCCUAAACAUGUCCGUCUUACCCCCACCCCCCCCCCCUACAAAUGUUUCCAGCUUGAGUGAAGUCAGUCGGUUAAACAAAAUCCUUGCGAAAUCUAAGGAUUUCCGGGUGAACGAACUUCGUUUGCCAAAUGGCGAUCUGACUUCCUCUGGUGAGGAAGUUCUGGAAUGCUUAUUCAGCACACACUUCCCUGGAUGUGUGGAUAUUACAUCUUCGGAUGAACCUGAUGUCUUUUCUUGUAGUUAUGAUUCUUUAGCUUUGGCUCGGAGUAUUGUAACUAUAGAAUCGAUUGAGUGGGCUCUUAUUAGCUUUGCUCCUUUCAAAUCUCCUGGGGCAGAUGGGAUUUAUCCUAUUUUGCUUCAGAAGGGAUUUGAAUAUUUCAAACAUGUUUUGAAACAACUACUUGUUUGCAGUUUUGCUACAGGGUAUAUUCCCAAAUCCUGGAGGGAUAUUACUGUAAAGUUUAUUCCGAAAGUGGGUCGUGCGUCGUAUGAAGAAGCAAAGAGUUUCAGACCUAUCAGUUUGACCUCUUUUCUUCUGAAAUGCUUAGAACGCAUAGUCGAUCAUCAUAUCCGUGAUGUUCAUCUGGCCAACGUGCCUCUUCAUGUGAACCAACAUGCCUACCAAUCUGGUAAGUCCACUGUGACUCUUUUACACAAGGUUGUUUACGAUAUCGAGAAAGCAUUCGCUCAAAAGCAGUCUUGUCUGGGUGUUUUCUUAGAUAUCGAGGGUGCCUUUGACAACGUGCCUUUCGAUGCCAUAUUGGAAGCCGCACGGAGUCAUGGUAUAUCUCCAAUGAUUUCCAAUUGCAUUCAACAAAUGCUCAAAAACCGAUAUCUUUUCUCGACAUUGCGUCUAGCAGGGAUUAGGAAAUUGAGUGUUUGUGGAUGCCCCCAAGGGGGAGUCUUAUCACCGCUUUUGUGGAAUCUCGUAGCAGAUACGCUAUUGAGGCAACUCAAUAAUAGCGGUUUUCCUACUUAUGGUUUUGCCGACGACUACCUAGCCUUGUUAGUUGGUAUGUGUAUCACCACCCUUUUCGACCUGAUGCAAAGCGCCCUUCAGGUAGUUGAGGGUUGGUGUCGCCAAUAUGGCCUUUCGGUUAAUCCGAGUAAAACAUCUAUUGUUCUUUUUACGGAAAGGCGAAACCGUAAUGGCGUUCGACCUUUGCGUCUCUUUGAUUCUGAAAUCGAUGUGACUGAACAGGUAAAGUACGUUGGAGUCAUUCUUGAUUCCAAGCUUUCCUGGACAACUCACAUUGAGUUCAGUAUCAAGAAAGCUUGUAUGGCCUUCGGGCAAUGCCGGCGCACCUUUGGUACAACUUGGGGUCUAAAACCCAAGUAUAUCAAAUGGAUCUACACAACUGUUGUUCGGCCAAUAUUGGCCUAUGGAUGUCUAGUGUGGUGGCAAAAGGGCGAAAUGAGAACGGUCCAAUCAAAGUAAGGCCAUUUCCAAAGGAUGUACUUAAUGGCGAUGUCUGGAGCGUUCUCUUCAACUCCCACGGCAGCGCUCGAAGUUCUCUUUGACGUUGCUCCACUACACAUUCAUCUCAAUCAAGAAGCACUUUCUUGCACUUACCGUCUACGGGUACUCGGUCUACUAGAGGAAACUCCUGUGAACCGCACAUCAACACACACCUCGUUGUUUCCACUUUUGGUGAAUUGGGACAAAAUUGUCCUUGCUCCAAGUGAUCUUACAAUUGCUUGUAAUUUUCCAUAUAGGACAUUUUCCACGAAAUUCCCUUCCCGGGAAGAGUGGACAUCUGGAUAUCUGGAAAGAAGUAUUUCAGACGGCAUCGUAUGUUACACUGAUGGCUCCCUUAUCGAAGGUCGAGCAGGUGCUGGUGUUUAUUCUCGUGAGCUAAGGCUGAAUCAGUCUUACUCACUUGGUAAACACUGCACCGUUUUUCAGGCCGAAAUCUUUGCUCUCAUGUGCGGAGUGCAAUCAGCACUUCAGCAGCACGUAAUGGGCAAAGUCAUAUACUUCUGUUCAGAUAGCCAGGCUGCUAUUAAAGCACUUGCUUCGGCCAACUCUAGGUCGAAGAUAGUUAUCGCUUGUCGAACUCAAAUCGAGGAGCUGAAUUCAGCAAACGCUGUUCACCUUGUAUGGGUGCCUGGCCAUUCUUCCAUCGCUGGAAAUGAAUUGGCUGAUGAGUUAGCUCGCACUGGAGCAUCACAUGACUUCAUUGGCCCUGAGCCAGCUAUUCCGAUAUCGAAGUGUUGGGUAAAGCUUCAGAUUCACACCUGGGCUGCCACUCAACACAGACAAUACUGGAAUAGUUUGGAGUCAUGUCGUCAAACCAAAUUGUAUUGUACUGAGCCAUCUCCAAGGGUGGCGAAGUAUCUUACAAAUCUGUCAAAGCAGAAUUGCAACAUUCUGGUCAAAGCAUUGACUGACCAUUGCCGACUCAGCUAUCACAUGGCGAAUAUUCAGCAAGCUGAUUCAUUUGCAUGUGAUAGCUGUGAAUCCGAUUAUGGAACUUCGUAUCAUUUGAUAUGUAACUGUUCAGUUUUUGCGCAACUGCGUUUCCGAGUAUUCGGUAAACACUUAUUAAGUGAAACUGACUUCAGAGACCUGAAUAUUCAGGAUAUUCUGUUGUUCUUAACCCGCUGUAGAGCUAUAGGCUCUCUUUCGCUUUAUGCGUUAUUACAGUGCCCUUUUCACGGCGCUGUUUGAACCCAUUGUGGUACGCUUAUGCGUUAGUAUCCUCUUCCAGGGUACUUUUCCUAUUUCCCUACCUGUCCUUAUCCCCAUCCUUAUCCUUAUUUCCUUCCUUUUCCCUCAGGUAGAUGAUGAAAUAGGCUAUUAUUUUGGCGAUGACACAAAUGUCCCAAAUGGAGGAUAACGUGCCUCUGGAGUCGGCCUUCUGAUACCUGAUACCUGAAUACAGUAAUUAAUAUUUAGUGUAGAAUGUUGAUAUUGUGAAGUUGUAGCUUCAGAAAGGACAGAAUAUCACAUGGGCGAUCCUGCCACAAUCUAGAUUCCAGAGAUCACUGGUUACGCUUGUAGAGCUAAAAAUUUAUUUUUUAGACUAUAUCCUGUGCUACUUCUUUUGAGAGGAUCAGUAAAGACCUUAAACCGAUGAUAUUCAGAAAGAAUUCUCAAGCUUCAAUUACAAUGAUCUAAACGUAAACUUUUCAGUAUUUAGAUAAAUUUUCUAUUUUAAAUUCAACGUUAUCAACAGCCGAGCUGAUAUCUCCAAUUGCCAGUGGCGCUUAUCAAAAAUAGCACUCUUGCCUACUAGUUGAUAUGAUAAGUGAGUAAUUGUACGGAAUUGUGAGCUAGGGUUUGAACUGAAAACAAAGUACAUACUUGAUUCGAGUGACGAUGCGUUUCCAGUUUUUACUAUGGGAGAGAAAUGUUUGAAGUUUAAUUUUUUUUACACAAUUGACGAAAAUUUUUAAUAAUUGUAAAAUGUUCCAACUUGGAGCUGCUCUUGUUCAGAAGACAUUACAUACAAGAAGCAAUAUUCAUUAAAACAAUAGCAUCUUAAAAGUAAUAAUUGAAAUCAUAGAAAUGUGGGUAGCAUCAGAACUGUUUUUUUUAAAUAUAAAUACUUAGAAGUGAUCCCUACGGAUGAGAACAGGUAACAAAACCAAUCAAGCUUGUGAGAAUAAUAAAAAUCAACUUUCAAUAUUGCAAAUUAUAGAGAUCCUUCUAUGCAACUUUCACAAUCCAUGCCUUCUCAGAAGGCAUAGAAAGCAUACCUACAUCCAUGUUGUUCCGACUACCAACCAAUCGUUAACGACGCAACACUGACCAGAACACCAUCAUCAGCCCAUAGAUGUGACCGACAACAAACUUUCAAUGUCAAAACGACAACGUACAGAAAAAAAAACGCUUUUGUGCUAACGGGAAAAUUAGCAGCAUUGCUCGACAGAGCAACAGAAGUGGAGAAAAAGUUCCCUCCCUCUCCGAACCGAAUGGAAUACUAAUUUAAACGAAAGUAAUUUGUUUAACUCGGAUUCACCGAGCAAUCUCCUCACUUCGUACUGCCAAUGUCCCUUGCGUUUCCCAUGUUGUUCCAUUGGUUGCACUAUGGGACAUAAGUUGAAAUUUCAUGACGAAAUUCGGGAUAAGGAGUGAAAUGCGAUUUUCAAAAGUUUUCAUUUUAUAUUGAUUCAGUAGACUCUCGGAGGCUUUCAAGCCUCUGAUACGCUUUUAAAACACCUUGAAACACCCCUGCAAUGCUAACAGGCAAGUGCCCCCUCUUUCAUCCUUAGGAGAGUGAGAAACAAAAAAAAAACUGCCUACAACUAAGAUUCCUUUAAGAGUUUCCACAAGAAUUAAUUCAGAAAUUUCCUUAGAAUUUUCCCAGAGAAAUGCCAGCGAGAACUCCUGGGGAAAUCCUAGUAGGAAUAUCUUAUGAUACUCUAAGAGAAAUUUCUAAAGGAAUCCUUGAAGAAAUCUCUGGAGGAAUCGCAAAACGAAAUUCUACAGGAAUCCUUGGAAAAAUCUCUUGGAAACCUUGCAAGAAUCACAGCAAAGAUAUGUAUAGGAGUGGGAGAAAUCUCUGAAGCAAUCCCAACUAGUAUCUUUAGAAGAAUCGCAUCAGGCAUAUGUGGAGAAAUUCUAAGAGGGUUUCUCCAAAGAUUUCUUUUGGAAUGCCUCCAGGAAUGCCUGAUGAUGGGAUUCUUUCAAAAUUCCUGCUGGGAUAGAAAUGCCUUCAAUAAUUUCUCCUGGGAUACUUCCAGUAACUUCUUCAAGGAUUUCUUCAUGAAUUAUUCCAGGAUUUCCAAAAGUUCCCGCAAUAAUUUAUCUAAAGAAACCGUCAGAUCCAUGGAUACUUUGAGAAAUCCUCCAAGAAUGCCUGCUGGGAUUUUUCCAGAAAUUCUUCUUAAGACACCUCAAGGGAAUUCUCCAUUGAUUAUCCUCUUGACAUUAUUUUAGGCGCUACUGCUGGGUUUCUCCAGGACUGUUAUUGGGAUUCCUCUGGACAUGAGUGGUAGGUAUUCUCUGUAUUUUUUUGUGUUUCCCAUGUAAUACAUGCGGAGAAUCCUCCACGAAUUUCUGGAGGAAUCUGAAAAGCAAUAAUUUGAGAUAUUUCUGCUGGAAAUGCUUGAGAAUUCCCGAAGAAAUUCUAGUAGCAGUUCCUGAAGUAAUUCCAGCAUUAAUUACUGGAUGUAUUCCAUCAGGAGUUCAGGAGAGCUCUCUGAAGCAAUACCUUCUUGGUGGUUCCGGAGAGAUGUAGGGUUUGGCGACCAUAGGAAUGGUUUAGUGGGUACCAGGAGAGAGUAGUCCUGGAUUUUACUUUUGCUGUAGAAGACGGCCUGUCAGACCUACACGCAGAAAAAUAUCGCAUAUUAGAACCAAAUGCAUUUCCACUUUGGUUCAAAUUCAAUACUUUUUUUGAAUCAAAGCACAUUAAUAUUUAAUUCUAAUACUUAACAGCUUUGGUUCUAAAAUAGUUUUAUUAGAUACAAUGUCGUUUCAUCUUUGAUUUAAAAACAUAUCUACUUUGAAAUAAAUAUAGCAAGUUUAUCUGUCGCCAUUUUGUUUUUUACUGUCAGAAAAUGAAAAAAAAAUGUUAAAGAAGAAAUCGUAGUUGAGACGCUCGGUGCGGACUCUUAAAAAUUGUUGAAUUUAUUGAAAUAGUUUGGUUUACUGGAUGAUCUAGUGGGUGCCUUCAUAGGUAAGUACGAUAUCUAAUGUGAAAAUGUUUAUUGUGUUUAUUUAAUUCCAAAGUCAUGUAAUUUUUCCAGACUUUGUAGUUGAUCGUGCAGAAGCUAAUACCGCAGUCGCUUUUAGCUGAAAGGACGAAGUACGACA